AUGUCACUGCGUUGUUGCCAGGAUACAAAGGAGGAAGAUCUCCGGAAACAAUUCAAAGGCUUUGGUAAAAUCACCGACGUCUCUGUGAAAACAUUCGAGACCGGCGAAGGGAGAGGAUAUGCUUUCAUCACCUUCAAAAAGCUCGAGGAGGCAAGAAAAUUCGUGGGAUAUCGACCACUUGUAGUGGUUGCGCAAAAAGCCAUUGAGGCAGAUGGGGACCGAUGGAAUCGGGAUAUGCAGCUGGAGAAGCAACGAAUACAGGGAAUGCACGAGAAGCCUCAGCCCGAGGGCAAGCCGCUGUUGGUGACCAUGGCGGUGCAUCAACCCGGAGAAGGGAAAGGAAAAGGAAAAGAUGGAGGCUGGGGAGCUGCUGAAGUUGGAGAUGGUGGGAUGACAUGUAAUAUGGUUUUCAUCCGAGCAUUGAUCCCUAAAACUAAAUACUCGUAA